CUCUCCACCGGUUCUCCCCGAGCCCAAUCACCAGCCCCAGCCAGAGUCAAACAUUAUUAUUGACUGUCUGUGCCUGGAGAGGGUUUUUCUGUUUGUUCCCUGACUUCCCUUCCAUAAUCCUCCUGCGUGGGUCUGGUACUGGAUCGUCAGUCAGACCAUCCAGCCGGCAUCUUUUUUUUCUCUCCCUUUCCUCGCUCCCUCCUUCGCUCGCUUUAAAUGUCAUUUCCCCCCUCGCAACCCCCCAAUUCCCUCGUUUGAACCCCCAAUGAAAAUGCGGUUCUCCGUGGUGAUCACCCUGGCGCUCUGCUCCCUGGGUUCUGCCCGCCUGGAGCAACCCACCAGCUUCACCCGACUCCCUUCGCCCACCACCACCCUGGACGAUCCCUCUCCAAUCCCCAACGAUCCUCCGGUUGGCUCCGAGAAUUUCUAUCCCGGGCGAUGGUUCCAAAAACGAGCCGAGACGGACGACGCGGCGGCCGCUGCAGCUGCCGCAACCGACGCCGCCGACGACGACGACAAGAAGGAGGCAGCUGCUGACACGGCGGCCGCAGACGACGCGGCGACCACGGCUGAAGCGGCGACGACUGCUGAGGCCGCAACGACCGCAGAGCCGGCGACCACCGAAGCUGCGGAAACCACCGCAGACACGCCCACCACCGCCGAAGCUACCACGACGGAGGAACCCACCACCACCGAACAGCCCACGACCACUGCCGAGCCGACGACGACCUCCGCCGAGAGCACCACGUCCACCUCGUCCUCCGAAACCACCCAAACCACCACCAGCGCCUCCACCACCACCUCCUCCUCGACCACCUCCUCCAGCACCUCUUCCUCCACCUCGAGCACGUCAUCCGCCUCCACCAGCUCCAGCGAUUUCGACCUCGACGAAUGGAACCACAACGGCAUGGUGGCCGCCAUCGCGGUCGCCAGCGUCGUGGGCGCCAUCUUCAUCGGCACCAUCGGCUGGUACUGCCUCGCCAGCCGCAUCACCAAGAUGUUCGAAAAGCCUCCGCCGCCGCCGGAGGCUGCCGCCGCGGCCGCAGCAGGGGGAGCGGCGGGCGCGUCCGCCUACUCGAUGGUGCCGCUGGUCGACGGCAACAAUCGGCCGACCAGCGAGGUCAAAUUCGACCGCAACUCGAUGAUGUUCGCGGCCAGCUCGUCGCGCACGGAUCUGGAGUCCGUCGUGAACAAUAACGCCAGACGCCAGACUAUGCUGUCAGCGGACGGGUCGGGGCCGUCGAGCGGACAGCGCGGGUCGGUGGCAUCGCAGCCGAGAAUGAUCUAAUGUGGAAUAAAUACUAAGGAGUGAGAUCAGAGGAUGUCUUUUUUUGGUUUAUCUUUUUUUUCAUAUAAUCGGAUGAAUUGGUUUGAAAUAUACAUACAACAUACACUUACUCUUCUCCUAUCUGGAUAUUCUUGGAUCUUUGACAGACUGUCUAGAUAUGGAGAUGUGAAUUGGCAUUGAAUGAGGAGUUGGAUUUUUCGUCUUGUCAGGCUGAAGGCUUGACCAGCAUUUCAAUUGCAUGCAUGUGUACACACUAUAUGAUGUUAAUAAUUCCCUCCUGGUCUCUGGAGGUCAAUGAACAGAAUUGAUGGC